AUGGAAGAGUUGGGAUUACCGGAGAGAUUGUUUCAAACUGGAUUUGAACCAACUGGUAGAAAAAGGGUGAACAAUUACUUCACUCUUAGAUGGGUUGAACUUAUCAAGCCUGCUCUUGAUGCCGAGUACCUCCAAAUGUUGAGUGAGUCUCAGUUUAAGAGUAUUAUGAAAAUGGGAGGACAUAUCUUCUCUGUGAUGUUUGUCCAUUAUCUUCUUUCGAGACAGUUGGUUACAAAGAAAAAGUAUGAACUUUGGUGGGUAUUUUCUGGAAAACCUGUUAGGUAUGGGCUUUCUGAAUUUGCCUUAGUCACAGGUUUGAAUUGUGGUCAAGUAUCUGGUGCUGAGAGUUCACAGAAGAAGAAAAAACAGAAACCUGUGAAAGGUCGACAGAAGAAAAAAGUGGAUAAGAAGGAGAGAGGUCCAAUGUGGGAAGCUUUGUUUGGAGAUUUUGAUAAUCCUACACCGGCUUGGAUCCUUGAUAAGUUACUAUUGGGAAAGAAGUAUAAGGAUCCUCUAUCACGUUUCCGUCUGGCUUUGUUGUUAAUCGUGGAAGGAAUUUUGUGUCCUACAAGUGGAUCAACAAAUAUUAGGAAAGAGGUUGUUGAAAUGGUUGCUGACGUUGACUAUUUUCUCAACUAUCCUUGGGGUCGGGAGUCGUUCUUGUUAACUGUUGAGAGUGCAAAGGCGAGAACUAAAGAACAGUAUGUACAGAAGACAACAGCAAUUCAAGGCUUUGCGCAUGCCAUGGUUCUGGUUGCUGCAUCUUCAUGUCCGGAGAUAGUUUCUUCAAGAGCUGCUGGGUACUCUUUUUUAUGUGAUGAUAAUAACAGUGAUGAAGUGGAGAAGUUUGUAGUUAACAUCGUAUCAGCGAAAACAAUUGAUCUGAGGGGUCAGGCUUCUGUAAAGUCGUUGAUAAGUGAUCAAAGGCAGUUGGAUGAUCCCAAGUUUUCAUUCGCUGAUGAAAAAGAUGACCCCACUGUUUCACAUUUGAUGAAUUUGAUAAUGGAAGAUUUUCCAUUCGAACAUAAUUCAUGGCAUGGAGGUGUUAAGGCUUCAGAAGUUGCUGGUGAUGAAGAUGAAGAGUUGGAGGCUGAGGAAACGUCCCCUAUUAAUGUGGUUGCUACUAUGUGUUCAGGGAAGAAUGUCGUGGUCAACUCUACGGUAAUAGAAGAAGUUGAUAAUGGUGGUAGAGGGCUUGUUAGGACUAAUCAGGUCGAUGUUGGGUUGCAAACAACAUAUGAGAUCUCAACACUUCUGAAGCAGUUGGUAGAUACCUUUGAGGAAAGAACGGCAAACAUAGUGAAAAGUGUUUCUGCAAGUUUAGAAGUUCAUAUUAAAACAGUGAUGGAGAAGCUGAAAUCUGAAUUUGAAGAAAAUUUUGAGAUAAGAAAGAGAGAUAUACUUGAUAUUCAGCAGCAGCAUUCUGGUGGAGGGUACAAUGAUGGUGGAUGUAGCGGUAAUAACUCAAAUGGUGCUGAAGGUUUUCCCAAUAAAGAACCUGGUGAUUUAGUUUUACAGGGAACGACCAAGAAGGUUGCUGUCCCGUCUGAAGCUAGUGAAACAGACUGUCUUCAUAAAAGAGGAGAGAAUGUCGGUGACGAUGAGUCUGACGAUAAUAUUUUGGAAAAUUUGAAUACAAAAUUAGGCAAGACAUCAAUUACGGGGAAGGUAGUAAAUGUUAUAGAUUAG